AUGAUUAGAGAUGCACACGAUCUUGCUAUUGCGAGGAAUUGGAACUUUAGGGACGCGUAUGUAACCACAUUCAACACCGCCACCCCAAAAUUUCACCUCAACAUCGGAGAUAAAGUGCUCCUCCACGCACCUAAUCUAGCCAGUUCAGCAGUCAACGCAAAAUUAAACAAACCUUGGGUUGGACCAUUCUCCGUCAAGAAGGUAUUCGAAAACAACAACGUGCUCAUAACAAGAGACGACAACACUAAACAGCAGUUUCGAGUACACCUGGACAGGAUCAAGAUCUUCAGAGGCACGGUAGGUAAAGAAUACGGAAUACAGCCCCAGAGACCUGAACAAGAAACACAGGUCAAAAGAUUACCACCCAAACCAAUUCUUCCAGGUCAACGAAUAACAAGAGGAAUUGCUCAAAAACACGGAAUCAUAGUCGAGAACGAAAAACUUCCGAGCAGGCCAAAAGAAUAUGUUGCGAAAAGCCAUCCUAGUCAUGUGGCUACUAUGGGGCACCAACCACGCGGACACCAAGCCCAAGUUCCACUCUUCAAAGGGCGGCAUCCGCUUGCUCAAAACAAGCAACCUUUUUUUACAGAUUGCAGAAGGCCAUCUGAUAUUCCAGAUCCCUUUUGCUACUCAGAUAGAACAAACGGAAAAACUUAUGGACCUCGUCAAUUCCCAAAACGACAACAACGGACAAAUGGCAAACGAGAUCCAGAAUGCAUACUUCCGUUUGUCCAGAACAAUCAAGACGAUGGUUUCCCCCAAAACAAGACAACGACGAUUCUUGGCAACCAUCCUAGGUGUAGUAGCAGCAAUCGGCAUGGGUAUAUACAAUACCAUCAACAUGGCAACAAUAUCUGCCAACGUAAACUCAGCCUCACGACGCGCCGAUCAAAUGCUACAGUUCCAACAACAUACGGACGAAAUCAUCGCCGUACAGAACCAGCACAUCAGACAGUUGGCAACACUCACCACAGCACUAGGCAAAGAGAUAGAGGAGGGGAGAAAACGAGACCUUCAGCUGGCCAAAGCCUUCGUAGUAAAGGAUGCAGUGGACAGGAUGGUGGAACACCUAAACCUCGUCAACAACCAGCUACAGGUAAUCAGGCAACACAGAUUCCCUUUCCUCCUCAUACAGAACAGCGUAGUGUCAGACCAACUGGAGAAAUUAGCAAACAAAGCAGAAGAAAGAGGACUACUGCCGAUUUUUUCCACGCCGGAGUUCAUCACGCAAAUGCAUACGAGCUUCAUCCUGGAGGGCAACACAAUUUUAAUCGCAGUACCUAUUCCUCUAACCCACAAGUCAAUUUCUUUCAAACUCGAUAUGUACAGGGCCCCGGACAGCCUAGUCAGUAUCAACGAUACAACAUGGAGAUUCCGGAACAAGAACUCCCUGGUUACGGAUAUACACAAAACAAACAUAUUCGAAGUGACGGAAGAAGACAAGAAACAAUGCAGAAUCAUCCUCCACAACACCAUCUGCAAAAAACACACAAUCACAAAUGGAGAAUCGUGCCUAUCACAAAUUCUUAA